UCCCCGGGAAGGCGCUUUGGCGCGGGUUGCUGUGUUGUUGCGCUGCUGUCGGAAUAAAGACCAAAUAACAGAAGUAAUGGCUCCGGUUGCAGACCCAGAUAAAGACAUGGAGGUUCCGGACGGUGAUGAGAAGGGCGAUGCCUGUGGUCUGGCCAAAUCUCGCUCCAGACGAGAGAAGCGGGAGAAGGUGGGCAGGAAGUCUGCCCUGGAGCAGCUCAAGAAGGCCAAAAAGGGGGAAAAGAUCAAAUAUGAGGUGGAGGAGAUCACCAGCGUGUACGAAGAGGUGGAUGAGCAGCAGUACUCGAAAAUGGUGCGAGAGAGGCAGGAGGACGACUGGAUUAUUGACGAUGACGGCACAGGAUAUGUUGAAGACGGGCGAGAGAUCUUCGACGAUGAUUUAGACGAUGAUGUCGUAGAAAGCAAAGGAAAAGGGGGCGCAAAAGGGGGAGAGUCAAAGAAAACUCUGAAGAAAUCUUCUGUAGCGAAGCCUAACACUAUUAAGAGUCUCUUCAUGAACAGCAAUGUUAAGAGGCCUGCAGAGAAAGAUGUAGAUCUGUCCAAAGAUGACUUGUUAGGGGAUAUUUUACAAGAUCUACACAAUGAGAAAUCUUCAGCUCUCACUCCUCCACCUUUGGUUACCCUGAAGAAAAAGAAGCCAGUGGGAUCAAGCUUGAACCUCUUCUCCAUCAAACCUCAUGUGCCAAAGCAGGAGAAGCCCUCAUCUUCGGGGUUAAAAGCCAAGGUGAUCCGACCUCCGCCUCUGGACCCCUCUCCUCAGCCGUCAGCCCGUCCUCCACCCACAACUACCGAGGUUCUUCCAGAAAAACAUGAAGCAGAGCUGGAGGAGCCAAACGAAGAGAGAGAGGACAACAGUCUGGCUUUUGAGGGGGUCGAUUUUGAUGAGCCAAUGGAGGUUGAGCAUGAGGAGGAGAAGGCUGUAGCUAAAGAUGAAGCCAAACUUGAACCCGAAGGAGGGUUGACAGCGACUGAAGUUAAAGUGGAGCACAAAGCUGAACGUCAGGAUCCAGUUCUGCUGCCCAACAGAGUUGGAAGCUCUUGGGGACAGGAGGCAGCAGGUGGAGUCAGUGAAGCUCCAGUGGAGGUGCAGGUCGACUCCAGCAAGCUCCCUCUGGUGGAAGGCCCAGAUGGGGAACAGGUCUUCCGAUUCUAUUGGUUGGAUGCUUUUGAAGACCCAUACAACCAACCAGGCGUGGUGUAUCUGUUCGGGAAAGUGUGGAUCGAGUCGGCGCAGUCUCAUGUCAGCUGCUGCGUUACUGUGAAGAACAUUGACAGAACAAUGUACCUUCUUCCUCGGGAAUUUAAAACAAAUCCGAAAACCGGAGCCGUGUCGGACCAACCAGUGGGGAUGAUGGACGUUUACCAGGAGUUCAAUGAGCUUUCGGAGAAGUUCAAGAUUAUGAAGUUUAAAUCUAAGAAAGUGGAGAAGAGCUAUGCUUUUGAAAUUCCUGACGUGCCCAGUCAGUGCGACUACUUGGAAGUGAGAUAUUCUGCAGACUUUCCUGCUUUGCCAUCUGACCUUAAAGGGACGACAUUUUCCCAUGUUUUUGGAACAAACACCUCCAGCCUGGAGCACUUCCUUCUCAGUAGGAAGAUAAAAGGCCCCUGCUGGUUGGACAUCAAGGCACCACAGCUGAUGAACCAACCGGUCAGCUGGUGUAAGGUGGAGGCUCUCGCUGUGAGAAGUGACUUGGUUUCUGUGAUUAAAGAUCUGCAGCCUCCACCCAUAACCAUAAUGUCCAUAAGCCUCAAGACGGUUCAGAACCCCAAGACGCAUCACAAUGAGAUCGUGUCUCUUGUUGCGCUCAUCCACUACAGCUUCCAUAUGGAUAAAGCUCCUCCUCAGCCUCCCUAUCAAACUCAUUUCUGUGUGAUCAGUAAACCAUCUGACUGCAUUUUUCCUUACGACUUCAAAGAUGCUGUCAAGAAGAAGAAAGUGAAGGUGGAGAUGGCAACUUCAGAGCGGACCUUGCUCGGCUGCUUCCUGGCCAAGAUGCACAAAAUUGACCCUGAUGUGUUGGUGGGUCAUGAUAUUUUCGGCUUUGAUCUGGAAGUUCUCCUGCAGAGGAUCAAUGUGUGCAAGGUCCCCCACUGGUCUAAGAUUGGACGCCUCAGGAGGGCAAAUAUGCCCAAAUUGGGGGGCCGUGGAGCAUUUGCUGAGAAGAGUGCAACGUGUGGCCGUCUGGUGUGUGACGUGGAGAUCUCGGCCAAAGAGCUGAUUCGUUGUAAAAGUUAUCAUCUGACGGAGCUCGCAGCUCAGGUACUGAAGGUGGAGCGGGUCACAGUUCCUCAGGAAAGCAUCAGAAAUCUCUACAGCGACUCUCCUCACCUGCUAUACCUGCUGGAGUUAACAUGGAAUGAUGCAAAGCUGAUCCUCCAGAUCAUGUGUGAGCUUAAUGUGCUGCCCCUCGCCCUGCAGAUCACCAGCAUCGCCGGCAAUGUCCUGUCUCGCACACUAAUGGGUGGUCGCUCUGAGAGGAACGAGUUCCUGCUGCUUCAUGCCUUCCACGACAAAAACUUUAUUGUCCCUGACAAACCGAGCUUUAAAAAGGCCCAUCUGGACACUGUUGAGGGAGAGGACGAUGUAGAUACAGGAAAGGGUAAGAGGAAGAAGAAGGCAGCCUACGCAGGAGGUCUGGUGCUGGAUCCGAAAGUCGGUUUCUAUGAUAAGUUUGUGCUGCUGCUCGACUUCAACAGCUUGUACCCUUCAAUCAUCCAAGAGUUCAACAUUUGCUUCACCACUGUACAGAGGCAGGCACAGAACUCCCACAAAAAGACUGAUGAUGAUGAGCCAGAGGAGAUUCCUGAGAUUCCAGAUUCCAACCUGGAAAUGGGAAUCCUGCCCAAGGAAAUCAGAAAACUGGUUGAACGGCGUAAACAUGUUAAGCAGCUCAUGAAACAACAAGACAUCAAUCCAGAUCUCUACAUGCAGUACGACAUCCGUCAGAAGGCCUUGAAGCUGACUGCUAACAGCAUGUACGGCUGUCUUGGAUUCAGCUACAGCCGCUUCUAUGCUAAACCACUUGCUGCUCUGGUCACCCACAAGGGAAGAGAGAUUCUGAUGCACACCAAAGACAUGGUUCAGAAGAUGAACCUGGAAGUCAUUUAUGGAGACACGGACUCAAUCAUGAUCAACACGAACAGCAAAUCACUGGAGGAAGUCUUCAAACUUGGACAUAAGAUAAAGGCAGAGGUCAACAAGCUCUACAAACUCCUGGAGAUAGACAUCGAUGGUGUUUUCAAGUCUCUUUUGCUGCUGAAGAAGAAGAAAUAUGCCGCCCUGGUGGUGGAACAGCACGGCGAGGGGCGAUACAGUGUGAAGCAGGAGCUCAAAGGCUUGGACAUCGUUCGCAGAGAUUGGUGUGACCUGGCCAAGGAGUGUGGGAACUACGUGAUUGGUCAGAUCUUGUCGGACCAGAGUCGAGAUGUCAUUGUGGAGAACAUCCAGAAGCAUCUGGUGGAGGUUGGAGAGAAGGUGGCAAACGGAAACAUACCACUCAACCAGUAUGAGAUCCACAAGGCACUGACCAAGGACCCUCAGGACUACCCAGAUAAGAAGAGUCUUCCUCAUGUGCACGUUGCUCUGUGGAUAAACUCACAGGGAGGUCGGCGUGUCAAAGCCGGAGAUACAAUCUCAUACCUCAUUUGCAAGGAUGGCUCCACGUUGGCGGCCAGUCAGAGGGCCUACGCUCUGGAGCAGCUUCAGAAGCAGGAGGGUCUCAGCGUGGACACACAGUAUUAUCUGGCCCAGCAGGUUCACCCUGUGGUUUCUCGCAUCUGCGACCCCAUUGACGGGAUUGAUGCAGUGCUCAUAGCCUCAUGGUUGGGUCUGGACCCAGGUCAGUUCAGAUCCCAGCAGCAGCAUCAGAGGGAGGAGGAGGCCGACGGCACGCUGGGAGCGGCGGCCCAGCUGAACGACGAGGAGCGCUACAAAGACUGCGAGAGGUUCACCUUCACCUGCCCCCAGUGUGGCACCGACAACAUCUAUGACAGCGUCUUCGAAGGAGCGGGUGAUAGGGCUGAGCCCAGUUUGAUGCGCUGCUGUCACAUCCCUUGUACGAACAGUCCCAUCAACAACGUUGUCAACAUAAGCAACAAGCUGCAACUCGACAUCCGGCGCCACAUCAAAAAAUACUACUCUGGCUGGUUGGUGUGCGAGGACCAGGCCUGCCAGAACAGAACCAGGCGCCUGCCGAUCGCCUUCUCCCGACACGGACCCAUCUGCCCAGCCUGCACCCGUGCUACGCUCAGAGCUGAGUAUUCGGAGAAGGCCCUGUACAACCAGCUUUGCUUCUUCAGCUACAUCUUCGACUGGGACUACGCCAUGGCCAAACUUCCAAACACUGUCCAGAAAACGUGUUUAAAGAGAUCAGGCUCCACACGGCAGGUGUAUCUGAAGCUGAAGGAAGUCCCAGACAGGGCUUUGGCCACCAGCGGCUACUCUGAGGUUAACUUGGCCAAACUCUUCCAAGCUUUCUCGUCGUUCAAAUGAAAACAAUCUGCAAGGACAAAACAUCCAAGAGCCUCAGACAUUUAAAUCCUCCUUCGGUUUGUAAAUAACAGCGUGAUUGGUGGACCGCCGAUCUUCUUUCUUCGCCCUGAUGGGCUUUUUGUGUUCCUUAAAACACCAAUCACACCUCUCCUUUUCUCCAGUUUCCUCACGCACACCCCGACACACACACUUUCUCUCACAGUUAUGACUUGACCCCAUCACCCUUCCGUUGCAUGGUAAAGGGGAGCAGCAAUCAUACCUAAAUGACAGUCUAUUGUAUGUGCAGAAGCUAGCUGAGCCCAGAUGCGUGUACAUGUGUGUGUGUGAAAAUGGCUUCUCCUUAGAGCAGCUGGUGUACUCCAGGAGCAGCUAAUUAGCCAAUGAUAGUGACCGCGAGC